CCCGAGUGGGGCUCAGCCAUCCCCGCGUGGCAGCUGCCCCUCUCCGUGGGGCUGCGCUGGGGCAAACGGGGCGGGGAGGACGCGCGGGGAGGGACCCCCAGCACCGUGCCCCCACCGCCGCCCUCCGCCUGCAGGCAGCGCCAUGGAGGAGAGCGCGGAGUGGGGCACGCUCAGCCCCGAGGAGUUCGCCCACCUCCAGAAGUACCUGGACUACAGCAGCAGGAAGGUGCAGGACGUGCUGCAGGAGUUCUAUGGCGAUGGGGCACUGUCCCAGCACCUGCAGGGAGAGUGUGUGGAUUUCGAGGGCUUCAAGCUGUUCCUGAGGAGCUACCUGGAGGCAGCUGACGUCCCGGACGCGCUGUGCCGUCACCUCUUCAGGUCCUUCCAGAGCGCAGGGCAGCCGGGUGCUGGCACUGACCUCGUCUGCGUUAACGAUGUCUCCUGCUACUUCUCGCUGCUGGAGGGCGGGCGCCCCGAGGACAAGCUGGAGUUCACCUUUAAGCUGUACGACAAGGAUGGGAACGGGCUCCUGGACAGCUCGGAGGUGGAGCGGAUCAUCACCCAGAUGAUGCGGGUGGCCCAGUACUUGGACUGGGACGUCACAGAGCUGAAGCCGAUCCUGCAGGAGAUGAUGCGGGAGAUUGAUUAUGACGGCAGCGGCACGGUGUCGCUGGCGGAGUGGCUGCGCGGCGGCGUAACCAACAUCCCACUGCUGGUGCUGCUGGGCCUGGAGGUGCACAUGAAGGACGAUGGGGAGCACAUGUGGCGCCUGAAGCACUUCAACCGCCCCGCGUACUGCAACGUGUGCGAGACGCUGCUGGUCGGGCUGCGCAAACAGGGGCUGUGCUGCACCUUCUGCAAGUUCACCGUCCACGAGCGCUGCGCCCGCAAGGCCCCCCCCAGCUGCAUCAGCACCUAUGCCAAGUCUCGCAAGGAGGCAGGCGUCCAAGCCCACGUCUGGGUGAAGGGCGGCUGCGAGGCCAGCAAGUGCGGCAAGUGCCAGAAGAAGAUCAAGAGCUUCCAGAGCCUGACGGGGCUGCACUGCGUCUGGUGUCACCUCAAGAUCCAUGAGGAAUGUCUGCCAGCUGUCCCCCCCACUUGCGACUGCGGGCUGCUGAGGGACCACAUCCUGCCCCCCUCUGCCAUCUAUCCUGUCGUGCUGACCUGAGUGACCAGCGGCUGGAGGUGGUGGGGUUGGAGGGAGUGCUGGAAAUGGGGCAGAUCUACACCGGGCUGAAGAGCGCGGGCACGCGGCUGGCCAAGUGCUCCGAGAUCACCCUGCGGACGCUGAAAGCCCUCCCCAUGCAGAUUGAUGGAGAGCCCUGGAUGCAGCCACCCUGCACCAUCAAGAUCACCCACAAGAACCAGGCGCCCAUGCUGAUGGCCCCCCCGCCCCGCUCCUCCAGCUUCUUCGGCCUCAAGAAGGGUUCUGUGGAGAGCUGAGGGGAUUGGACCCCCCCCCAGUGCAGGACAGGGCUCUCCUGUCCGUCCCAUCCUCCCCUGUACACCCAGGGGUGCUGCAGGGUGGGGGGGGGCUGGGUGGGCCUGCCCCCUUCCCCCCCCCCCAACCGGGGCAGUGGGAGGAGGGGCUGGAGUCCUCACCCCACUGCCUCCCCCCCCCCUCCCCGUGCCCUAUUUAUUACACCCAACCCCCGCGUUUCAAGUGCCUCUUGCAGUAAUAAAGCUGGCGGCUGGGCCCCCCCGCACCCCCUCAUGCAAACAGA